GUUGCCUCGUCACCCGUUGUUCCUCAUUCGGACCCAACGCUGCUAUUCACCAAUGCUGGGAUGAAUCAGUUCAAGUCGAUCUUCCUGGGAACAGUGGAUCCCAAUUCAGAUUUUGCAAAUCUUAAAAGUGCAGUCAAUUCUCAAAAGGUCAGUACUCUCUUACUACCAUGUUCCGCUAUACCUAAUAUAGUCUAUAGUGCAUUCGUGCAGGAGGAAAGCACAAUGUAAGUGCCAUGUCAAUAAUCAACGCCAAAAGACAGACGGUGGAAUGAAAGGAAAGUAGCCGGAGAAUUGACUGACUUGGGCGAUUGUAGGAUCUUGACGAUGUGGGAAAGGAUAGUUAUCAUCAUACCUUUUUUGAAAUGCUUGGGAAUUGGAGCUUUGGAGAUUAUUUCAAGGAAGAUGCGAUUCGCUAUUCUUGGGAAUUAUUAACCAAGAUCUAUGGCUUGGAUCCCCAGCGUCUCUAUGUUACCUAUUUCGAAGGGAACAAGGAGGGUGGCUUGGAACCAGAUCUCGAGGCAAAAGAUUUAUGGAGCGCCGUUGGCGUGCUAGAGGAUCAUAUCCUCCCCGGAAACAUGAAGGACAAUUUCUGGGAGAUGGGUGACCAAGGCCCGUGCGGUCCUUGCAGUGAGAUCCAUUAUGACCGGAUUGGCGGCCGUAAUGCUGCCCACUUGGUCAACCAAGACGACCCCAAUGUUCUGGAAAUAUGGAAUAAUGUCUUCAUCCAGUACAAUCGUGAAUCGGAUCGGUCAUUGCGGCCGUUGCCCAACAAGCAUGUUGAUACCGGGAUGGGAUUUGAAAGGUUGGUUUCGGUGUUGCAAGACAAGUCGUCAAACUACGAUACGGAUGUGUUUACCCCCAUAUUCCAGACAAUCCAAGAUGCCACUGGAGCUCGGGAAUACCGUGGCUGCUUUGGUAUUGAUGACUCCGAUGGUAUCGACACUGCCUAUCGUGUCAUUGCAGACCACGUUCGGACUCUGAUGUUCGCAAUCUCGGACGGUGCGGUCCCAAAUAACGAUGGUCGCGGCUACGUCAUUCGUCGUGUUUUGCGUAGGGGCGCUCGCUACGCCAGGAAGUACUUCGGGGUUGAGAUCGGUAAUUUCUUUUCCAGGAUUGUUCCUACAGUUGUGGCUCAACUGGGCGAUAUGUUCCCGGAGUUGAGAAAGAAGCAGCUCGACGUCAUGGAAAUCCUUGAUGAAGAAGAGAUGUCGUUUGCUAAAACUUUGGAUCGCGGCGAGCGACAAUUUGAACAUUAUGCUCAACAGGCAAAGAUUAAGGGAAACGAUAAACUCCACGGCGCUGAUGUUUGGAGACUCUAUGACACGUUCGGUUUCCCAGUUGACCUUACUCGCAUAAUGGCAGAAGAACGGGGCUUGCAGAUCGACGACCAUGAAUUUGAGGAUGCGCGCUUACGGGCCAAGGAGGCAAGCAAAGGCCAGAAGAAGACUGCUGUGGAAACGGUUAAGUUGGACGUUCACGAUUUGGGCAAGCUGGAAACCAUGAAUGCCGUUCCCAAAACAGAUGACAGUGCCAAAUUUGGGAAGGGCAACAUCACCGCCCAGGUAAAGGCUAUUUACCAGGGCAAAAUGUUCCAUUCGUCUACGGACGACGUACCGGACGGCGAACAGCUUGGAAUUAUUCUUGAUCAGACAAAUUUCUAUGCUGAGCAGGGUGGGCAAGAGAAUGACACGGGUAGGAUCGUUAUCGAUGGGCAAGCUGAGCUUGAAGUUGGUGAUGUCCAGCUUUAUGCUGGGUAUGUCCUUCAUACUGGGUUCAUGAAAUACGGUUCUUUCUCUGUGGGAGAUAGUGUCAUCUGCGAAUACGACGAACUACGUCGGUGGCCUAUUAGGAACAACCACACAGGGACGCAUAUACUCAACUUUGCACUCAAGACAGUCCUAGGGGACAGUGUGGAACAAAAAGGAUCUCUCGUUGCAGCUGAAAAGCUCAGGUUCGAUUUUUCCCAUAAGUCAGCCAUCUCCGACAAAGACUUGGCCAGAAUAGAGGAAAUAUCAACGGAAUACAUUCGCCAGAACUGCGCUGUCUAUUCGCAAGAACUUCCUCUUGCAACAGCUCGAGAAAUAUCGGGAGUCCGAGCUGUUUUUGGAGAGACAUAUCCAGACCCAGUUCGCGUCGUCUCCGUCGGUGUGGAGUUGAGUGAAAUACUGCAAAAUGUGAAGGACCCUCGUUGGAAGGAGGUCAGCAUUGAGUUUUGUGGUGGCACCCAUGUGCAGAAGACAGGGGACAUCAAGGAUCUCAUCAUAUUGGAAGAGGGCGGUAUUGCGAAGGGCAUCCGAAGAAUUAUUGCUGUUACUGGAGAAGAAGCUCACGAAGUGCAGCGUUUGGCAGCCGAGUUUCAGAAACGACUCGAUCGUUUAGAAGCAAUGCCUUUAACCCCAGAAAAAGAAAAGGAAGCAAAGCAGAUCCAAGCCGAACUCAACCAGCUUUCAAUCUCUGCUGUUCAAAAAUCCAAUUUCCGGGAACGUUUCGCGCGUAUCAAUAAGGAAGUUAUCGACGGCCAGAAGGCACAACAAAAGCUUGAAACGAAAGUUGCCCUUGAGACUAUUACCAACUAUUUCCAAGCCCCGGAGAAUCAAGACAGGCCUUGGCUUGUUACUAGGCUCCCAAUUUCUGCAAACUCGAAAGCAAUUAGUGAAUCGUUGAAUUAUGUGAAAUCUAAGUUGCCAGAGAAGUCGGUAUAUCUUUUGGCUGCAAGUUCCGAGCAGGGCCGUGUUGCCCACGGCUGCUAUGUCUCCAAGACAUCAAGCGAACAAGGUGCUUCCGCCAGCCAAUGGUCAGCUAUUGUUUCGGGUGCAGUCGGAGGAAAGGCCGGGGGGAAGGGGCUCACUUCAGUUGGCAAUGGGGUAAACCCUGACAAAGUUGACGAAGCUGUCAACCUGGCUUCCGAAUACCUCUCCAGAUUCAAACUGUAGGUUGUUUCUUAUCUUGAGACUGAUCUUUCCCGUUUUAUAAUAUCUAGUUCUUAGUGAUAGUGGGGUUUACAACAGCUUAGAUGCCAUUUAUCCGUAUUAAAAGUUCAUGCCAC